AAUAUCGAUAGACACUCAGACGAAAGAGCCAUGGCGGCCACGGGUGGAGGGAAAAUUAGAAGCAGGAGAUAUCACAUCGCUUCUAAACCUUACGCCAAGAGCAAGCAGCAAUCUGGGCUCAUCAGUCGAGUGACAGACACAGUGAAGAGCAUCGUUCCAUCCUGGCUGCAGAAAUACUUCAAGAAUGAAGAUGGUCCUGCUGAGAAGAUGGGACAAGAGACAGAGCAGAACUGCCAACCACCUCCUCCUAAUGGCAAUGAAGAGGGACCUCCUCCCAUUGAUGGACGUGACUCCCCAGAACCAAGCACCAGUAAUACAGAACCCUCAACCAGCCGGGCAUCCCUAAACUUUCAGGAGUACGUGCUCUCCAGGCCUCCUCUGAGUCGUUCUCAUCUCCACUUUACCCCAAUGGACGCUUCUUCCCAAACAAUGGGAGCCUCUAGCAGCCUCUUCUCUCAGCCCUCCACCUCCUCAGCCCCUGGGCCCUUUUCCACAGGUUUCUCCUUGGUCAAAGAAAUCAAGGACAACCUCUCACAACAUGAAGAUGAUAACAUCUCCACAACGAGUGGGUUCUCCUCCCGUGCAUCAGACAAGGAUGUUCCGACUUCCAAAACUGCUUCACUUCCUCAGCUUUGGUCCCCAGAGAUGGAUAGAACAAGCUCUGGACCCCAGCAGUCUCAGUCCAGCCUCAAAAAGCCUUCAUUUAACCUGUCUGUCUUUGGAAACUCCUCCAAUUCCACAUUAAACAGCUCCCUGCUGAACUCUAGCCAGCUGGGAGAUUCUCCUUUCUACCCUGGGAAAACCACGUAUGGCGGAGCAGCUGCAGUCAGGAGCUCCCGUGGUCGUCCUGGAACACCUUAUCAGGCCCCAGUGAGAAGACAGAUAAAGGCCAAACCUGCGGGUGCUCAGCCCUGUGGGGUGACGAGCGCCACUGCAAGGCGAAUCCUGCAGUCAUUAGAGCGUAUGUCCAGCCCCCUGGCUGAUGCAAAGAGAAUCCCAGCAGCAGCAGGUUCCCCCAGUCAUUCCACUUCAAUGGAUGGUUUGACUCAAGAUGGCUCCCAGUCAAAGAAAAAACGAAUGGACUCAAACCUUCCUCCGGUGCAGAAACUGGUGGUUCCAACGACACCUUCUGUUUCAGGAAAUCGAUCCGUUUCUUUCAGGCCAACUUUGACACCAGGAGGACCCCUUAGAACCCUGGACAGGGCUGCAAGAGAAAAGACGCCUACAAGACAAUCACCACAACUACCUGAAGCAACCCCAGGUCCCUCUCAAAGCACAAAACGCAUCAGGGACCCAGUCUACCCCCUGUCUAGCACCCCUGCAACCAGCAGCCUGAGCACUGGAGGGGGAAAAAUGAGAAGAGAAAGAACCACUGCACGGCCUUCAUCCAAACACCCUGAAGAUGAUGAGGUGGUUGAGGUACCGACCUUUCCCAGCAUUUCACUCCCCAUCAACAAAUCGUCUUUGCCUACAUUCAGCUUUGCUUCAUCUCUGCCAACGUCCACCUCGAUCAGCUCCUCCCCAAGCCUCACAACUUUUACUCCUGCUAAGGAGACGAUCACAAAUAAGGAUCCACCAAAGCCUUCAACAUCACCCUGUGCACCUUUUACAUUUUCCUCUCCUAUUGUCAAAGCAACAGCUGCCAGUCCACCUUCUUACUCCCCAUCUGUUGGUUUCACUUUCAGUGCACCUGUUGCAAAGUUAACACCCUCAAUGUCAAAUGGGAAGCUCACAGCGCCCACAGCAGUAGCAGCGAAGCCUGUUGCAAGCAAGAGCACAGAGGAAUUUGAAGGACCUUUCAAACCGGCCAAGACCCUGAAGCAAGGCAGUGUGCUGGAUCUUCUUAAAUCACCUGGUUUUGCCUCCCCUGUAGUUAAAAAUUCUCCUGGCGCCAACGCAGAUCCCCAAAAUACAUCCAACCUAUCCAAGACCACUCCUACAUCUAGCACAAGCUCCUCCUCUUUGCCUCCUUCCUCGGCAGGAUUUGGUAAUUUGUACAGUGCCUCGGUGAACUGGAGCAGUGAGGCCCCAAAGCUGAACUCCUCACCCAAAUCGGCGGAGAGCAAGAAAUCUGCCAACUCAGCAGGGCAACAGAGCAGCAGCACAAGCAUCGGCUCCACCACUCUAACCACAACAGGAUUUAGCCCCAUCUUCUCCAAACCUGUAGGAACAUGGGAAUGCGAUACGUGUCUAGUGUCCAACAAACCUGACGCAGUGAAGUGCGUGGCCUGUGAAACAGCCAAACCCGGGACAGGACUUAAACCCUCAUUAACUUUCCCUCCAGCCUUUUCAGCUGCUAAGACUACAUCUACACCCUCUGACCCAGUUUCCACAAUCAGCGGUUUUGGCGAUAAGUUCAAAAAACCAGAGGGUGCGUGGGAAUGUGAUACAUGUAUGGUGCAAAACAAGGCAGAGGACAGCAAGUGUGUGGCCUGCACGGCUGCUAAACCAGGAGCUUCAGCAACUGUCUCUUCAGCAGCCAGCAGUGCCCCAGGGUUUGGUCUGUUAGACAAGUUCAAGAAACCUGAAGGAGCAUGGGAAUGUGAUGUAUGUCUCGUGCAAAAUCAAGCUGCUGAUGUUAAAUGUGUUGCUUGUCAGUCGACCAAACCCGGAGCUAAAGUAGAACCCAAAGCCUUUGGGUCUUUUGGCUCCUCAGCUGCCGGAGCCUCCUCUACCACUGCUCCUGGUGGUUUUAAGUUUGGCACAUCAGACAGUACAGCUGGAUCUGGGGGGUUCAAGUUUGGGACUUCAGAGUCGUCGUCAUCGUCUUCUUCAUCAUCAUCAUCAGCGGGAUUCAAAUUUGGAGUCCCGUUUGGAAGCUCUUCUUCAGAGUCCUCCUCCAAAGACAAUACCGCCUCAUCAGGGUUUAAGUUUGGGGGCUCCUCUGAGGGUUUUAAAUUCGGAGCUGCAUCCAGUGAUGACAAGAAGUCAGACCCGCCUGCCACGGGGGCUGCUUUCAAGUUUGGGGGGAGCAGCGGGGUAACUUUGGGAAGUGGGUCAUCUGGCACAGACAAUAACUCUUCUUCUAAAAGUGGCUUCACCUUUGGACUGACUAAUCCUGCAGGAACAACACCAGAAACCACCACAUCUUCAUCUUCUCUUACCAUAACUCCUCUUUCAUCUUUACAAGAGAAUGGCGAUAAAGCAGUAUCUUCAACUGACACCACAUCAUCUAUCACCAACCCAACCACAGCUGUUGCUAAGGGGUCUGUAUUCGGGAGAGUAGGUGAGCCAAAUUUGGUGACCGGCACACCACAGGUGGGCGCUACGUUUGGAUCUUUGCAGGCAGGUAAGGAGCCGGCUGCUCCAGCAUUUGCUUUUGCAAAGCCAGAAGAGAAGAAGGAGGCAGCUCCCUCUCCGGCUCCAUCGCCCUUCGUCUUUGGCGCUCCAAAAAAGGAGCCGGAUCCUGCUCCAUCUGGAGGCUUUUCCUUCGGAAAGCAGAGUGCUCCCACAGAACAGCCUCCACCCACUUUUACGUUUGGCAAACCAGCGGAGAAAAGUGAAACAUCCUCUUCAGAAGCCUCAAAGCCACCUUUCAGCUUUGGACAAAGUGCUGCAGAUUCCACGUCUGAUCCAAAACCAGCGUUCUCUUUUCUGGCUAAUAAUCCACCCAACGCCACCACCUCAACGUCUGCAACUCCGACUUCCAGUUUGUUCGGUAGCGGCUCCACAACCGCUCCGGCAUCAACUUCUUCAUCUUCUGCAGCUCCCAGCACAUUUGUUUUUGGUCAGCCUUCUUCGACUACCGGUGACGCUCCUGCUACCAAGGCCUUUGUCUUUGGACAAAAUCAGGACAACCAGGCUGCAGCGCCAUCAAGUGCUCCUCUGAACCCAGCGUCUGCUCCAGCACCAGCUCAACCCUUCAUCUUUGGUGCGUCUGCCAAUGCUGCUGCUGCUACAGCUCCUACUCCUGCUGCUCCCUCUUUCAACUUUGGAGCUGCAGCAGCGGCGGCGCCCUCUGCUGCCUCUUCAUCAGCUCCAUCUGCUACCCCGUCACCAUUUGGGUUCAGUUCAGCCGGCUCCGGUGGUUUUGGAACCAACCAGGCUCCUUCUUUCGCAUCAACCUUUGGAUCCCCUUUCACAGCCACGACUGCCCAAACCUCAGCCCCAGCUUUUGGAGCCAAAACCAAUGCGGCCCCCGUCUUUGGACAACAGAAUAACUCUACGCCUGUAUUUGGUUCAGUUACAAACUCUGCACCUAGUGGAGGCUUUCAGUUUGGAGGAGCCAGUGCUUUUGGAGCCACAAAUAACUCCUCAGGUGUGUUUACAUUUGGAGGUGGAUCUGGAGCCUCUCCCGCCCCCUCUGCCAAUCCCUCCAUUGCACCCCAGCCAGGAUCAACUGGUGGAGGAUUCAACUUUACACAACCUCCAACAUUUAACAUGGGGUCAGUUAAAUCAUUCGCUGCCUCCCCGGCUGGACAGUCAACUAUCGCUGGGCGCAAGAUCAAGACUGCAGUGCGCCGCAGAAAGUAGCUCUUUGCAACCUUUACGAGACUGUAGACUGGACUGAGACAAGACGGUGUCCCCAAUGAAGACGUUAAAAGUCCUCAACUGGACUAACUCUGAUGUUGCUCGGCGUGUGGAGCCCAGCCAAAGCUCAGCACAGCUCAGUGCUAGUGCAGGUCUUAAGGCAGUCGCUCACUUCGCUUCAGAAAGAUUUUCUAAUAAAAACUAGAGUUAAAAAAUUUAACCAAAUUGUCCAGAUUUCACAAAGUAUAAAACUGUCAACUGAGCUAUUACCCUGACUUUGACUACAAUCAAGCAAAAACCCCAUAUUUGAAAUAAAAAGACAAACAGGAUAGUAAUAUUUAUAUUUUACACAUUGGUAAAUGUCUGCUACACUUUAGGCAUGACGUUUUGUAAUAAAAUUAAAAUGGGCAAAAACUGCAAAUAAAAAAAAAAAAAGGGUUUGAGUGUACGCAUAGUAAUUAGAAAGGGUGAUCAGUUUUUGAGCUGUGAAAUGGGAGGUGUGAGAACCGUGUGGUAAAUCUCCAGCAAACUGUUUAGAUUUCUCCUGUACAGGAGUGGCUGUGGAGUCGAUGCAGUAUGCUGUAUGUACAGGAACGGCCGUGUUUUUGUAUGCAGAGUGCUUGUGUUGUCGUUUCUUUUCCUCUAAUGUACAGACUUGAGGUGUGUUUGGUUUCUGUGUACAUGCUGAGGAUGUGUGUCAACGAGCGAAUGAAACCUGAACGUCAGAGUUAUCGCCCGGGAUCGCCAGCCGGCGUCCGACAACACGGGCGACCAAGCAAAAUGAAUGUUAUAAAACAAACCCAGGGGAGGGAGGAAGGAAAGGAAACGGAGGGCCGGGUUUGGGAGCUUGGUAGACGUGUCCAAGCACUGUGGAGGAUGGACCGGGCCGGAGGAGUGCUCCCUCGUUUGACUUCUUUAGGACUUUGUAAAUGCGUAGAUUGAAUAAUUCUUAUUACAUGUUUUGAUUUGCUCUGGUUCGCUCCACAACUCUGCUUUCUCUCGUCUCUCUUCAUCCCUCCCUUCCUCCUCCUGAAUCCUUCAACUUUCCCUUUACACCUUUGUCUCUGCCUCCCCCUUUCUCUCUUAGUUGGCCUUUGAAUAUUAAAAUAAGCCUGUAAAUAGUGGUAUUUUUUUUAAUCUGUGAAGUUGAAUUUUGUCUUUUUGUGUUACAGAUUCUGCAUUCAGCAUUUUUGUCUUUAGAAUUUAUUAUGUAAAAUUCCUACAUUCAAAGUUGCCCGAAUCCAUUUAAAAGGAGCUUAAAUGCAAAUUGGAGAACCUUUUGAGUAAAAGGUAUAUUGGCUUUUCUGAUCCACUUUUGUUUGGACCAAAACCAGUAUUGUACAAAGUAUUAAGUAUAUAUUUUUCUAUUGCGUGUUUAAAUGGAAGAGGGUGACUUUGGAUGAUAGGGAAAUCAGUUUAUUUUAAAGCCAUGAUUAUUACUGGAUGAGUGAUAAAAUUAAAACCAUGGAUAAUUACAU